AUGACUCCUUUUACGCUGGAGACGCUCUACAAGGCGUCGCCAGCACUACCUGAACACACGCCCGUUCACCGGCCAAUUUAUUGUCCCGGGCACCUUGCAGGCCCCGAAGAAGAAGACUGUCCGCGCAAAACACAGGCUCGUCAUUAUGAAGGCGCCCAACUUCACCAGGUUCAAAUCAGAAAUCCCAGGGACCGGGAGAACGAGAAGGUCAAGGACAAAAAUGUCGAUUUGGCCGCUGCCCUGACCAAUGCCAUCACUGGCGUCAUGACUCAUAGUAUGAUCGAUAUGGAGGCUGCAGAGCAGCGUGGCAGCAUCACCGGACAGGAGAUACUUUCCAGCUACUUCAACCAUGUUGGAUUUAAUAAGACUGGAUAG